CCCCCAUCCAAUGCCCCAACUCCAUUUUCUCUCUCUUUGACCAGGGUUUGAACUUUGUAGAGGCAGAGAAGGAAGGAAGAUGUCAAGGGUAGUACAGCAGCCCAUAGGGCAAAAGAGACUGACGAACGUGGCGGUGGUUCGUCUCAAAAAGAAGGGUAUUCGCUUCGAAAUUGCUUGUUAUAAGAACAAGGUCCUCUCUUGGCGCUCUGGAGUAGAGAAAGAUUUGGAUGAAGUAUUGCAGUCACAUAUUGUUUAUUCAAAUGUUUCAAAAGGAGUUCUUGCCAAAUCAAAAGAUUUGGAAGCAGCCUUUGGGAAAGAGAGAGAUGAGACUGAAAUUUUGUUGGAGAUUUUGGACAAAGGAGAGCUUCAGGUUGCAGGAAAGGAGAGAGAAUCUCAGUUAUCAAGUCAGUUUCGGGAUAUUGCCACGAUAGUUAUGCAGAAGACCAUCAAUCCUGAAACACAACGUCCAUAUACCAGUAGCAUGAUUGAGCGACUAAUGCAUGAAAUCCAUUUUUCUGUUGAUCCCAACAGCAGCUCAAAGAAGCAGGCACUAGAGGUUAUUCGUGAGCUUCAGAAGCACUUCCCCAUAAAACGCUGUCCAAUGAGACUGCGGCUCACUGUUCCUCAACAGAAUUUUUCUUCUCUUCUAGAGAAACUCAACGUCUGGAAUGCUAGCAUUGUUUCAAAAGAUGAAUCUGGGGGUCAACUAUCCAUUAUCUGUGAAAUGGAGCCAGGUAUUUUCCGAGAUUGUGAUGCCCUGGUGAGGAACCUGCAGGGAAGGUUGGAAAUUCUUGCUGUCUCUCUGCACAUGGAGGGGGACACCCAUGUGGAUGAUUAUGAUGAUCAUGAGCAUGUGCCAUCAAGGCUACCUAAGGAGUCUGCAGAUCCUGUGCUCCAACUGAGUGAGAAAGUACAGAGACAGACAAUCUCUGUGGGAAGCAGUAGUACUGAAGGGGAGGUAAAACAAAACAAGUGCAGCACAUGUGAUGCGUUUGUAGGGGAUUCCAAGCAGUAUAGAGAACAUUUUAAAAGUGAGUGGCACAAGCAUAAUUUAGGACGCAAAACUAGGCAACUCCCUCCCCUUUCUGCAGAAGAGUGCCUGACUGAUAUGGAAAUGAAUGACUUGAAGGCAGAUCUGAAAGAUUAUUCAUUUUGAGGUUUGGGCAUAUACUGAAGUUAGCAGAUGAAGUGUAGGGCAGCAUCUCCAAAUUACCUAUAGCCACUGUGUGUUUACAUUACCCUGGGAUCAGUGCUGUGUAUAACCGAGUUUUGAAGCCCCAGCCCUUUUUGGUCUGUCAGAUACCUACCCAAGGUGAAUGGGGUUUUGUCAUAUGUCUACAUGGUAACAAUCAAGUGAGUUCACAUGUAAAAGAGACCCAUAUGAGUAUUUACACCAUAUAACUUAAGGAUGCACGACAUCUGAAAAAUUCCCUGAAACUCUCUAUGAAGCCUCGAAUUGAAUUCGAUUUCAGUCCUUUAAGGACGGUAUUUCAAGUUUUUAA